AUGUCUGGAAACGUACUCAAUCUUUUCCGCAUUGGCGGCAAAACCGCCCUCAUUACCGGUGCGAACGGUGGUAUUGGCGGAGCGAUGGCAGAGGCGCUGGCAGAGACCGGCGCCAACAUUGUUAUCAUCCAGAUCCCCGGCGACCCAAGCACAUCGACAAAGGAGAGUCUCGCCAAGCUUCCGAUUAAGGUCAGCGUCUACGAUUGCGAUCUUGUCGACGAGGCAGCCAUCAAACAGACUGUCGCGGACAUCAUCGACCGAGACGGCCACGCCAUUGACAUACUCAUCAACUGCGCCGGGGUCAGCGGCCAUAAGUCGAUCCUUGAGGUUGACGACGCCUUCCGCCACAAGAUCUUCAACAUCAACAUGAAUGCUACCUAUGUCAUGACCCAGGAGGUGGGUCGACGCAUGAUUGCUCGAGGCAAAGGCGGCAAGAUCCUCAACGUUUCUUCCCUGGCCGGCAUGAUAGCUGGCCAGAACAUCUCAGUCUAUGCGGGGACCAAGGGGGCAGUGAACCAGUUCACGUCUGCUUUCGCAAAUGAAUGGGCACAAUACGGUAUCACCGUGAAUUGUUUGUGUCCUGGAUACGCGCUCACUCCUAUGACGCGCGGAUACUUCGAGAACGAGCCCGGUUUCAAAGAGUACAUUACGUCUCGCACACCGAUGGGAAGGUGGGCGGUUCCGGAAGAUUUCAAGGGCAUCACGCUUUUCUUUUGCAGUCCUGCAUCGGACUACAUCACUGGCAUCAGAAUGCCUGUCGACGGCGGCGUCCAUGGGAAGUGA